AUGUGGGUGGCCAAGUGGCUGACUGGGCUGCUCUGCCAUCUCUCGCUCUUCAUCACCAGGUCUUGGGAAGUUCACUUCCACCCCAGGCAAGAAGCCCUCGUGAGGACCCUGACCUCCUACGAAGUAGUGAUCCCCGAGCGGGUCAAUGAGUUUGGAGAAGUGUUCCCUCAGAGCCACCACUUCAGCCGGCAGAAACGCAGCUCCAAGGCGCUGGAACCCAUGCCAUUCAGAACCCACUAUCGCGUCACUGCCUAUGGACAGCUCUUCCAGCUGAACCUGACCGCCGAUGCAUCCUUUCUUGCCUCCGGCUACACCGAAGUGCACUUGGGAGCCCCGGAACGCGGGGCCUGGGAGAGCGACGCAGGGCCCUCAGACCUGCGCCACUGCUUCUACCGCGGCCAGGUUAACUCGCAGGAGGAUUACAAGGCCGUCGUAAGCUUAUGUGGAGGCCUGACGGGAACAUUUAAAGGACAUGAUGGUGAAUAUUUCUUAGAACCUAUAAUGAAGGCAGAUGGGAAUGAGUAUGAAGAUGGUCACAACAAGCCACAUCUUAUAUACAGACAAGAAUUAAAUAACUCUUUUCUGCAGACUCUGAAGUAUUGCAAUGUGUCAGAAAGUCAAAUAAAGGAAACCAGUUUACCCUUUCAUUACUACAGAAACAUGAAUGAAGAUCUUAAUGUAAUGAAAGAAAGAGUUUUAGGACACCCAUCAAAAAAUGUACCAUUGAAAGAUGAAAGAAGUCAGUUACAUUCCAGGAAAAAACGUCUUAUAUCAUAUCCAAGAUACGUUGAAAUUAUGGUUACAGCUGAUGCUAAAGUGGUUUCUGCUCAUGGAUCGAAUUUGCAAAACUAUAUACUGACUCUAAUGUCAAUUGUUGCAACAAUCUACAAAGAUCCAAGUAUUGGAAGUUUUAUACACAUAGUAGUGGUAAAAUUAGUUAUGAUUCACCAUGAGGAGGAAGGGCCAGUCAUUAAUUUUGAUGGUGCUGCCACAUUAAAUAACUUUUGUUCAUGGCAACAAACUCAGAAUGACGUUGAUGAUGUUCACCCUUCCCACCAUGACGCUGCUAUUCUUAUCACUAGGGAAGACAUUUGUUCAUCUAAAGAGAAAUGUAACAUAUUAGGUUUAUCAUACUUAGGUACCAUAUGUGAUCCUUUACAAAGCUGCUUUAUUAAUGAAGAAAAAGGACUCAUUUCUGCUUUUACUAUAGCCCAUGAACUUGGGCACACACUUGGUGUUGAACAUGAUGAUAGUCCUAGAUGUAGAGAAAUGAAUGUUAUGCAAUAUCAUGUAAUGGCCCCUGUUUUAAGUUUUCACAUGAGUCCUUGGAGCUGGUCAAACUGUAGUCGGAAAUACAUUACUGAAUUCCUAGAUACUGGCUACGGGGAAUGUCUUCUUGACAAACCAGAUGAAGAAAUAUAUAAUCUGCCUUCAGAACUUCCUGGAUCACGAUAUGAUGGAAACAAGCAGUGUGAGCUUGCGUUUGGUCCUGGGUCACAAAUGUGUCCCCAUAUAAAUAUAUGCAUGCAUCUGUGGUGCACAAGUGCAGAAAAGCUUCACAAAGGCUGUUUCACUCAACACGUGCCACCAGCAGAUGGAACAGACUGUGGUCCUGGAAUGCAUUGCCGUCGUGGGCUAUGUGUAAACAAAGAAAUGGAAACACGUCCUGUAAAUGGUGGAUGGGGACCAUGGGAACCUUACAGUUCUUGUUCAAGAACAUGUGGAGGUGGAAUCGAAAGCUCAACCAGGCACUGUAAUCGUCCUGAGCCAAGAAACGGAGGAAAUUACUGUGUGGGCCGCAGGAUGAAAUUUCGAUCAUGUAAUACUGAUUCAUGUCCAAAAGGCACACAAGACUUUCGAGAGAAGCAAUGCUCUGAUUUUAAUGGCAAACAUUUGGACAUCAAUGGCAUUCCCUCUAAUGUGAGGUGGCUUCCAAGAUACAGUGGCAUUGGCACAAAAGAUCGUUGUAAACUCUAUUGUCAGGUUGCUGGAACCAAUGAUUUCUACCUAUUGAAGUAUAUGGUUGAAGAUGGUACUCCUUGUGGAAAUGAAACUCAUGACAUCUGUGUUCAAGGCCGGUGUAUGGCAGCUGGUUGUGAUCACGUGUUAAACUCCAGUGCCAAGAUAGACAAAUGUGGAGUGUGUGGUGGGGACAACUCUUCAUGCAAGACAAUAACAGGUGUCUUCAACAGUUCUCAUUAUGGUUAUAAUGUUGUUGUAAAGAUUCCCGCAGGAGCAACAAACAUUGACAUUCGUCAGUACAGCUAUUCUGGACAACCAGAUGACAGUUACCUUGCAUUAUCUGACGCUGAAGGGAAUUUUCUUUUCAAUGGAAAUUUUGUUCUAAGUAGAUCAAAGAAAGAAGUCAAUGUGCAAGGAACAAGAACUAUUAUUGAAUACAGUGGAUCAAACAACUCAGUUGAAAGAAUUAAUAGUACUAAUCGACAAGAGAAAGAACUUAUUUUGCAGGUGUUAUGUGUGGGUAAUUUAUACAACCCUGAUGUACGUUAUUCCUUCAAUAUCCCUUUGGAAGAGAGGAGCGACCUGUUCACAUGGGACCCCUAUGGACCAUGGGAAGGCUGUACCAAAAUGUGUCAAGGUCUUCAGCGAAGAAAAAUAACUUGCAUACAUAAGAGUGAUCAUAGUGUUGUGUCUGAUCAAAAAUGUGACCAAUUGCCACUUCCAUCAUUUGUUACUCAAAGUUGCAAUACAGACUGUGAACUAAGGUGGCAUAUUAUUGGCAAAAGUGAAUGUUCAACCCAAUGUGGUCAAGGAUAUAGAACCUUGGACAUCCAUUGCAUGAAGUAUUCCAUUCAUAAAGGACAGACUGUUCAAGUGGAUGACCACUACUGUGGUGACCAACUUAAACCUCCUACCCGAGAACUAUGCCGUGGUAACUGUGUCUUCACAAGAUGGCAUUUUUCAGAAUGGUCUCAGUGUUCCAGGAGUUGUGGAGGAGGGGAAAGGUCUCGAGAAUCUUAUUGUAUGAAUAACUUUGGCCAUCGUCUUGCUGACAAUAAAUGCCAAGAACUGUCCCGAGUGACAAGAGAGAAUUGCAAUGAAUUUUCCUGUCCCAGUUGGGCUGCCAGUGAAUGGAGUGAGUGCCUUGUUACAUGUGGUAAAGGAAUAAAGCAGCGGCAGGUAUGGUGUCAGCUGAAUGAAGAUCACUUGAGUGAUGGCUUCUGUAACUCAAGUACCAAACCUGAAUCUCUGAGUCCAUGUGAACUUCAUACAUGUGCUUCCUGGCAAGUAGGACCAUGGGGACCUUGCACAACGACAUGUGGACAUGGGUAUCAGAUGCGAGAUGUUAAAUGUGUCAAUGAGCUGGUUAGUGCAGUGUUAGAAGACACAGAAUGCCAUGAAGCUAGUCGCCCCAGCGACAGACAGAACUGUGUACUUACACCUUGCCCAUUUAUUUCUAAACUUAAGACCACUUCAUUACCAACUGCUCUCAUAGAAAAGAUGGCACAAUGGCGACAUGGUUCUUGGACCCCAUGCUCCGUAUCUUGUGGAAGAGGUACUCAAGCCCGCUAUGUAAGCUGUCGUGAUGCUCUUGAUAGAAUAGCAGAUGAAUCAUAUUGUGCCCACUUGCCCCAACCUGCUGAAAUAUGGGACUGUUUUACCCCUUGUGGAGAGUGGCAAGCAGGGGAUUGGUCACCCUGUUCAGCUUCCUGUGGCCAUGGAAAAACAACACGACAAGUUUUAUGCAUGAACUACCAUCAGCCAAUUGAUGAGAAUUACUGUGAUCCUGAAGUUCGCCCUUUGAUGGAACAGGAAUGUAGCCUAGCAGCCUGCCCGCCUGCACACAGCCACUUUCCUAGUUCUGCUGUGCAACCAAGCUAUUAUCUAAGCACGAAUUUGCCAUUAACUCACAAACUUGAAGAUAAUGAAAAUCAGGUGGUCCAUCCAUCAGUCAGAGGAAACCAGUGGAGAACUGGACCAUGGGGAUCAUGCUCUAGCAGUUGUUCUGGAGGACUUCAGCGUAGGGCUGUGGUCUGCCAGGAUGAAAAUGGACAAAGUGCUAGUUACUGCGAUGCAGCCUCCAAGCCUCCAGAGUUACAGCACUGUGGUCCAGGGCCUUGUCCACAGUGGAAUUACGGAAAUUGGGGAGAAUGUUCACAAACAUGUGGAGGAGGAAUAAAAUCAAGACUUGUAAUAUGUCAAUUUCCCAAUGGCCAAAUAUUAGAAGAUCACAACUGUGAAAUCGUAAACAAGCCACCUAGUGUAAUACAGUGUCAUAUGCAUGCUUGCCCUGCUGAUGUGUCAUGGCAUCAGGAACCAUGGACAUCGUGCUCAGCUUCUUGUGGUAAAGGUAGAAAGUACCGUGAAGUGUUUUGCAUUGACCAAUUCCAAAGGAAAUUAGAAGACACAAAUUGCAGUCAAGUACAGAAACCUCCAACUCACAAAGCCUGUAGAUCUGUCAGAUGCCCUUCAUGGAAAGCCAAUAGCUGGAAUGAGUGCUCUGUGACCUGCGGCUCUGGAGUUCAGCAGAGGGAUAUAUACUGCAGACUGAAAGGUGUUGGUCCGGUGGUUGAAGAAAUGUGUGAUCAGUCCACCCGACCUUGUUCUCAGAGGCGAUGUUGGAGUCAGGACUGUGUGCAGCACAAGGGGAUGGAAAGAGAGAGGCUGAAUUGUUCAACAUCAUGUAAGAGAAAAGAUUCACAUCAACGAACGGAGUGCACAGAUAAUCAAAUUGGACAAGUGAAUGAAAUAGUCUAUAAUUCUUCAACCAUAUUUCUUACAUCCAAGAAUUGCAGGAACCCUCCUUGCAAUUACAUUGUGGUAACAGCAGACUCAUCACAGUGUGCAAACAACUGUGGAUUUAGUUACAGACAAAGGAUUACAUAUUGCACCGGGAUCCCAUCUACUAAGAAACAUAAGCUCCAUCGACUUCGGCCUAUAGUCUAUCAGGAAUGCCCUGUGGUGCCUUCCUCUCAGGUUUACAAAUGCAUUAACAGCUGUUUGCAUUUGGCCACUUGGAAAGUUGGAAAAUGGAGUAAGUGCUCAGUGACUUGUGGAAUUGGGAUAAUGAAGAGACAAGUGAAAUGCGUUACCAAACAUGGUUUGUCCAGUGACUUAUGUUUAAACCAUUUAAAACCAGGUGCUCAAAAGAAAUGUUAUGCCAAUGACUGUAAAUCAUUUACCACCUGCAAAGAAAUUCAAGUGAAAAACCACAUUAGAAAGGAUGGUGACUAUUACCUUAACAUUAAGGGAAGAAUAAUAAAGAUUCAUUGUGCAGACAUGCACUUGGAGAACCCUAAGGAAUAUUUAACACUGGUCCAAGGUGAAGAAAACUUUUCUGAAGUGUAUGGCUUUAGACUAAAAAAUCCAUAUCAAUGUCCUUUUAAUGGGAGUAGGAGGGAAGACUGUGAAUGUGACAGUGGACACCUAGCUGCUGGAUACACUGUUUUCAGCAAAAUAAGAAUUGAUCUCACUUCCAUGCAAAUUAAAACUACAGACCUUUGUUUUUCCAAAACAAUAUUUGGAAAUGCAGUUCCAUUUGCCACAGCUGGAGAUUGCUACAGUGCUGUCAGAUGCCCACAGGGACAGUUUAGCAUUAAUUUAGCAGGAACUGGGAUGAAGAUAUCCAGCACAGCUAAGUGGCUUGCUCAGGGGAGUUAUACCUCUGUCAGCAUACGAAGAUCAGAGGAUGGAACCAGAUUUUUCGGCAAAUGUGGAGGGUACUGUGGAAAGUGUCUUCCUCACAUGACUACUGGUCUCCCAAUUCAAGUCAUAUGAACAUUUAGAAAGGGGAUGUAUGCCCUAAAGAGGAAAUAUUCUCUGAAACAUUCAAAUAACGGGUGCUCAUUUCUUUAUUUCUGCCUUCCCGAGAUUUCCAGGUCUAAUAUGUCUCUGCGUUUUUUUCAGGGUGCUCAUCAGGGAUUCAAAUAACUGCUUAAUAAGGUUCUAU